CCAGACCCUGGAUUCCUGAUCCAAUGGUUCCUCAUCCCGUGCCCUCACCGUAAUCAAGAGUGCUAGACUCUCCUGCUGGCGUUUGUUCUGCGUGGCCCCGCUGAGUCCCAUUCCAAGAGUUGCCGCUCGAUUCCGUAGCCACUGUGGCUCAAGCGAGGCAGGGCGCGCGCCCUCCUGCCACCCGCUCCUGGGCUCCCCCCCCCAAGAUCCGUCCCGAUGGCCGCCACCCCCCUGCGGUGCGGCCCGGCGCUGGGCCGCCACGCCCUCGCGGGAGCCCUCGGGCCAGGACCAGGCGCCUGGUUCGCCGCCGCCCGACCAGCACCUCUGCCCGCGGCGCCCCCAGCGGUGCGGUCAUCGUCCUCCUCGGUUGGCUGCCGCUCGCGUGCUGCGGCGGCCAGCGCCCUCGUGCGGGAGGAGGUGGAGCCGGAGGUGGCGGCCACCACAGUUGCGGAGAAGUUGCUGCAGAGCCUGGGCGGCGAGCCUGCCAGCUUCACCCUGUGGUUCGCGAAGGGCUACGGGCGUCGGGCCGCCCCCAUCGGGCCGCUCCUGCAGGAACGCCUUGGCGGAAGCGUUGUCGUGGGCGCCACCUCUGAGGGUGGAGUCAUCGGCGACGGGGCGGAGGCGCAGAGCGGGACGUUCGCGCUCUCGGCGCUCGCGCUCGCAGGGGAUGGCAUCAGAGCGUUCCCCUUCCACACUGGCGCUUUGGGCACACUCCCGGAGCUGGGCCGAGGAGGCAGCUGGGCAGAGGCCCGCGAAGGUGUUGAUCCUGUGUGCGCUGCGGCCUUCGCCUCAUUGCCUGUGCCGGGGCCGGUGGACCCGCAGAGCUGGGCUGGGCUCCUUGACACUGCGUUCGCGCGCCUCGGUGGCACACCAGGCGGGCGGCCGCCGCCUCCCGUCAUCGGCGGCCUCCCGGUCGGCAACCACGUCUUUGUGGACGGCACCGAGCAUGCGGGGGGCGGCUUCGGAAUGGUGCUGCAGGCUCGACUUCCUGGUGCCAGCCUCGAACCAGUGGUGUGCCAAGGUGCCGUGCCUUUCGGGCCCUGGCUUAAGAUCACAGGCGUUGCCGGCGACCACGUGGUGACUGGGCUGAACGGCCAGGCUCCGCGCCAGGUCCUGGAGCCACUCAUGAACGGGCCAGAAGUACCAGGCGAGGGGCUCACGAUGGCUGGCAUCUUCGUGGAUCCCGCCCCGACGUCUAGCCUCGCCGCGGCGUCGUCGGCCUCGCUGGCGCUGGCGGCGCUGGAGGGGCGGCCGAGCUGCCUGGUGAGGCCCCUGCACACGUUCACGGAGGAAGGCUACCUGGUGCUCUCGCCCCUCACAGACAGCCUCCCGUACGCCGAGGGGAUGCAGCUGCAGCUGCACUGCUUCAGCAGCCAGCACGCCCUCGCGGAGCUGCGGGCGCGCGCGGAGCACGACGUCGCGGUCCACGGCGGCCGGCCCCCGGACGCGGCGGUGCUCGUGUCGUGCGGCGCCCGGGGGGAGCAGCUCCACGGCAAGGAGGGCGUCGAGAGCCGGAUCCUGAGCGAGGUCUGGGGCCGUCAUGUGCCAACGGUGGGCUUCUUCGCUGGUGGCGAGUUCGGCCCGGUGGGGCUCAGGACCUACAUGCACGGGUAUACGACUUCUUGUCUCAUGCUACGAGCGGAGAAGGAGUCAUGACGUUCCGGCUGCUGCGUGAAAGCUUAGUGGCAGCGUGAUUCUGCAAAACAAAUACCGCCCGAUUCUCCCGUUCACUCCUUGCCUGGACGGCUUGAAACAUAGACCCAUGUCAUAUCUCCCAUACUUCAUUCGAGAUGCCAUCAACGAAGCCUGUGGUGCCAAUGUGACACUAGCCUCCAAGAGCGCGUCCCAGUUAGGCUCGCCGAAAAACUGUGAAGCUGCUGCCGAAUCGGAUUGGUACGUGCACAUAUGAAAAAGGCUGGGCGGGCCACGUCCCCUG